UCAAUCUAAUGUCAUUCGUAUGAGGUCAACUCUUGAGGUCAGCUGUUGCGGUGAUUGUGUUUUUAUUUUUCUUGCUACCUAGUUAUCUCUUUUGUUUACCUAGGUGCCGAUUAUUUAAAUCUAACUCAAUAAAUUCCUAUAUUCAGAUUCUCAUAUAUGACGAGUAAUUAAAGUCAACAUUAUUCUUCAAUCAUAUACCUAAUCCGAGGUCGAAUAGACUUCAUUGAGUCAUUGCUUGAUUUAACUCUUGUCCAUUCUUUCAAACUUUUUAACGUAAUUUAUCAUUGUUUGUUUACACAAGUGUACACGAUUUGUCCUUUUAAACUUUUAUUAUGGACAUGUUGGGAGUUGCAGAAGAGAAAAGAAAAGUACCAAACAUGCUAAGAAAGGUUCUACAGUAUGAUGUGCAAAUUACAAAAAAAUUUGUUGAAUUAGCUCUGAGGACUACAGCACUGAAAUCACUUCGUACUCAUGCAAAAUUAUUUGAGGUUAACAAUAUUUAUGGAAUUUUAAAACAAGUACACUCAUGGGUGUCUUGUCAUGGCAUAGUGUGGCUAGCUGGCUGGCUCAGUUUCAUAUGGCUGUUUAAUAAUAAAGAUUUGUACCAAUUGCAAGUUAACAUGUUAAUUGCUCUCAUCCUGGACAUUAUAAUAAUAGCUGUAAUCAAAGCAUUUGUAAGAAGACGAAGGCCCGUGCCCAUGAAUAAGUUGAUGGAGCUUGGUCCUGACAAAUUUUCAUUCCCGUCAGGUCAUACUAGCAGAGCUGUACUGGUUGCUUUUAUACUGAUCUGUCUGAACCCCAUUUCUAUUAUAUUUUAUCCUCCAUUACUUGCAUGGGUUACUGCUGUAUCCAUAUCUAGAGUUCUACAGGAGCGUCAUUAUUUGCUAGAUGUGUUCUGUGGAGUUGGUAUUGGACUUUUAGAAGGCCUUCUCAUGUCUUUAAUAUGGUUUUCUCAAAGCGCAUCAGCGAGUAUAUUAUCAUCAUUGUCAGAUGAAAAAUUAGAUGGUGGAGAGUACCAUGUUUAAAGUGUGCAAAUAUGUGUAAUGAUAGUGUUAAUAAAUUUAUUGAUACUGUGUCAGAGUUGCCAUCCAUAAAAUUAACAAACCAAUUAUAAUAAAAAUAAUAUGGAACAGAUUUUGACUAUAUAUGAAAUUUCAUUUGGACAUUCUCUAGAAAAUACUUUGUGUAAUCUCAGACGGAUGGCAACCCUAUGGUAUUAUUCCUGUGAUCAUAAUAUUGAGUGAAAAAAGUAACAAAAUAUAAAUUAAUAAAUGAUAUUGAGUGUUAAUAAUAUAUAAGCUGUUAGAGUAACUAGUCAUUUUAAAGUAAUGUUAUGUUCAAAUCAGUUUUUAUGGUUGCUACUUCCUACCAAUGUAUACAAUGUCUUGAUUUUUAUAAUACAGUCUAUAUAACCUGCAGUAACGAGGUGUCUACAA